CAUAGGAACAACAUGAGAACAUAACCUACUGAUAACGCAUAACCUCAAUACAUAUAAAUAAUUCAUCAUUACGCAUCUAAAUAGGUUGAAAGAUUAUUAUGCAAUCUAAAUCAAACGCCUGCAGUGAUGCGGGCGUGGAAGUGAUCCUUCCGAUCGCGAGUGGGGCCCCAAGUUGUCCCCACGGCCCCACUUUGUUGUUUUCAAAGUUUUGCGGUAACGAGAAGCGGAAUUUUUUUGCGUGUUCCGCGUGCAGGGAUAGAAAGCUGUGCGGCUUCUUCCUUUGGCAGGACGAGAAGGAAAAGGUGUCUGCGAGUAGGCAAAAGUUGUGGAACGAAAGCAAUCUCAAGUUUUUAAAAAAUAUCAGGCGUCGAAAGUCAAUUACGACAUUAAGUAAGGUAAAGCGCGUGCCGUGCGAUAAGCGAAUCUACUGCCAGACGUGUUCAAGGUUUUUAUUAAAAUAUGUACACGAGAGGCAUGAAAACCAUUCUGUUUUAACGAACAUCACAGACCAUCAACUGAACCAUCCGUCGGAGAUUCUGGUACCCCUAAAUAAUCCAAAACAGGAAGCGCAAUACUUGUUUUCCAAAAAAUCGGUUGCAGUGUUGGUAGACAUUUUAAAACAACUGAAAUUCGAGUAUGUCAUAUGCAUAGGCACGCCGAGAAUACAUGAACGUAUUGGGUCGGAACCCUCGCUCAUGAAAAGCAUCCUGUUGGAUUUUGAUAGCAGGUUCCACAAUUUUUUCGGUCCGUCGCAAUUUUGUUGGUAUAACUUUUUCAACCACCAUUUCUUUUUCAAAAAUAGUAAAUCCGUGUUUGGGGAAUUCCUGAGAUCGACAGGAGGCAACAAGACAGUGUUAAUUACGGAUCCACCGUUUGGAGGUAGGGUGGAACCUCUCGCGUUCACAGUUAAAAAAAUCAAUCGCCAAUACAAAAAACUGACAGGCGCCACCAGUGACUUACCCGUUUUUUGGGUAUUUCCGUAUUUUAUGGAACCCCAGAUAAUUAAUUCGUUGCCAAAUUACCGAAUGUUAGACUACAAAGUUGAGUAUGACAACCACCCGCUGUUUCAAAACGGCCCCAAGGGCAGGAAGCAGGGUUCCCCAGUUAGGAUUUUUACGAACCUGGACCCAAGCAUUAUCAAAUUGCCUAGCGACGAUUACAGGUACUGCAAAAUUUGCAAAAAGUGGGUGGCCAAAGAAAACAAACACUGUCAGGACUGUGGGUCUUGCACUUCGCGAAACGGUGAAACGUACGUCCACUGCGAUUUAUGCGGGAGGUGCGUGAAACCCAAGUGGAAACAUUGUCGAGAAUGCAACAGAUGCGCACAGAUAAUACACAACUGUCAACAAAUUCCAUUUACCAAGGCCUGUUUUAAUUGCAACCAGUUGGGUCACAAGAGAAGUGCCUGCCCAAAUUUGGAAGUGGCUCCCAGUAAAAGAAAAAAACCUACUUAUAAAGCGACCAAGAAAAUAAAGUUAUCCUGAUGAACAUUUCUAAGGCCUUUUAUUUUCAAUUCCUUAUAACUAGCCCCAGAUAUUGAUUUUCAAAAAACACAUCCCUGAUGCUUGAAUUUUCUGUUACAUAUAUGCGUCGGAACUCACGAAAACUAUUAGUGGGG